AUGUCUGGGUUGGAUGUGGUCACUGCUCUGAGUUUUGGGAAAUUAAACUGUCAGGAGGAGGGUCCAGAAGUGCUUCUGGUGAAGGAGGAGGGGUGUGAUGAGGGUCUGGGYAACCCUGAGGGGACCAUGACAAUAGAAGACGGACAAGAGAGRAUUGAUCUGCUGAGUGGACUAACGAUGGGGGAGCAAGGUGGUUGGCUGGAGGCUAACAGAGGAGACUGGGCGGCCAGCUUGGAUUCCCAGACCCAGAUGGGUGCAGCCAAGGGCCCAGGGGACAACGUCAACGAGCAUGCCAGGACCAGAAGCGACAUAGUGGAGGUCAGUGGAUGGGACAGCGUCCUCAACUCUGGGCUGUGGAACAACACUGUUAACCUCAACCAGAAACCGACAGUGGAACACAAAACAACAUCCAAACUUAGUCUCCAAGACAACAGACUGGCUGAGACUAGUGUAAGGCGUAGAUUUGGUCUGCGGGGACGAGGUGAUGUCUGUAUGCAGCGAGAGCGAACAGAUACAGACUUGGCUAGCAAUGCUCCUUCCUGCUCCUAUAGUUGUGAUUCAGAGAGACUGAUGGCGCCUCAGGUUAACCCCCCAACAGGUGCUGCCUUCAGCCUGCCUUCUAUAGGAUCUAUCAACUGGAACAUGGACCCUGUGACAACACAGACACUCCCUGGCCUUCAUCCUCCUCAAACUCUCCUAAUGUUAAACCAGAACUCAGACAAUGCCAGUGCCUCAACACUAAAUGGCUAUACAAGCUCAUUGACAAAUGAAAAUAGUAGAGAUGGAAUCAGUAAAGGUGAUAUCGCCAUAGAGAAGCGCUUCCCGUGUUCGUUCUGUGGGAAAGUCUUCAGUUUCUCCAAACAGGUAGAGAUCCACCAGAGGGUGCACACGGGGGAGAAACAAUUUGGCUGCCACCUGUGCCGAGCCAGUUUUUCGCACUCGUUCAGCCUGAAGAGACACCAGAGAGUCCACACAGGGGAGAAACCYUUUAGCUGUACCCAGUGUCACAUGCGCUUCGCCCAGGCUGGUGACUUGAAGAGGCACCAGAGGGUCCACACGGGAGAGAAACCCUACAGCUGCCUCCAGUGUGAGAAGAGGUUCACCCGCCAGGACCAGCUGAAGAUGCACCUAAAGGUCCACAUGGGAGAAAGGCCGUUCGCCUGUACGCACUGCGGGAAGAGGUUCUCAGAGAGGAGCUACCUCAGGAUACACCAGCAGAAAAACCAUCCCACUCUAUAACAUGGAAAGUAACCAUUCCUCUUGAUAGCUUCUGAUGUUUAGAUCAAAUCAUGCAUUAAAGACAGAUUCACUUUCAUUGUUGUCAGCAGAAAAGAGCCACCGAUGCAUUUGGAAUAACCACAGUAGCAUAUUUCAGUGUUGAAUAUUCCUGGYUAAAAUACUGCAUCCAGACAUUGUGUGAUAUAUAAGCCUAAAAAGUCUGUUACAUAGUGUUUGUACUGUGUAGGCUAUAUGAUGUUCACAAAUUCAUUUUAUUAUUUACCCUCAAACUUAAUGAGAAAAUGAAUGCAGUUCAUCAAGUUKAUGCUGAUUUUUUGUUGUUGUUGAAUAUGAAUAUUUUUUGUAUAUGUGUGGUUUUCAUAUUGUGUAUUUAAAUCUGUUUAAUAAACACAAUGGGACUUUUCAUUAAGACUUUA